GGGACGCCGCAACGACGCAACCCCAGUCCCCCACCCCGCCCGUCGCCGUCAGCGUCUGAGCCGCCCCGCUUCCUUCCCAAUCACCCCUCCCGAUCCAAAAAUCCCUCCCUUCCUCUCCAUUCCGCUCCCCUGAAAUCGAGGAGCGCGAGAGGACACCGCGAAGCGCGUCGGUUCCUAGGGUUUGCCGGUCGGGUUGGGGCUCCGAUCCGUGUGGGCGGGCGGGCGGACAUGAGGAUUCGGGAGCUCCGUGAUGGGCUGGAGGUGGAGGACGAUGAGCGGGAGGAGGAGGCGAGGGGCGGCGGCGAGGUGGUCGCGGUUGUGCGGUUGAAGGCCAAGUGCGCGCUCGUCGGCGCCGGCGCGAGGUUCCUGUUCUACCCCACGUUGCUCUACAACAUCGUCCGCAACCGGUUCGAGCCCGAGUUCCGCUGGUGGGAUAGCGUCGACCAGUAUGUUUUGCUAGGUGCUGUUCUGUUCCCUAGUGAUGUUCCACGCCUGAAGCAACUUGGAGUUAGAGGAGUUGUCACACUGAAUGAACCCUAUGAAACUCUGGUUCCAACAUCCCUAUACCAGGGAAUGAAAUGCAAGGUGGUAGCACCUAUGUCCACUAUAAGGCCGGAAGGGGACGACGCACCACUAUAGUUUUGUGCUUUUUG